AUGACGGUUUCAAACAAUGGGAUGGCAAUGCCAGCAUCACCUCCAAAACUCGACUGUGCUGAGGCGAUUCAGGACUCACCGAGAUUUCGUGCAACAGUUGCACAACAUGCUGCAUAUUUCAAUCGACUAGAGAAUCGUCUCAACGAGAUGCUUCGUCACAUCACCGCCAUGAUUGAUUUCAGCAAAAAUUAUGUGAACACCUUUUAUAAGCUCACCGUAUCGGUGAAUCAGCUAUGCGAUGAGAGUUUCUCUGGGAAUCCACUGGCAGCAACUACAUUUCAAGGGCUAUCUGAAGCAUAUGCUCACACUGUUAAUCUGUUCAGAACUUACUAUGAUCACUCGAAUGUUGUGAUAUACACAAAACUCUCGAAUUUCAUUAAAAACGAGCUCGCAAAAGUUGCCGAAUCUCGUGCUCAUUUCGAAAAUAUGUCACAAUCAAUGGACGAUGCACUGGUCAAAAACGCAGGAAUGUCGAGAUCAAAACCGAUAGAAGCGACGGAUGAGAGAAAUAAAUUGACAGCAGUCGGCACUUGUUUCGUACAUACUACCCUCGACUACGUGGCAAAUAUCAAUAUAGCUCAUGCUCACAAGGAUCACAUGAUACUCGAUGCUCUGUGGACUCUUGUGCGCGAAUCGUCAGCAUUCUUCUCAAAAGGACACGCCACGUUUGACGAGUGGACAGCAGCUGACAACGGAGCAAUCGCCGAUACAAUUCAGACAUUUGCAGCGAAAUCAAAAUUGAUUGAAAGGAAAAUGCAGGAUGUGCACUCGUUGGUACCAAAAGUGAGUUGA